GCUCCAUGAACAUCCUUUGUGCUUUCUUCAUUCUUCUGACGAUCUUCAAUGGUGUCAAAACUGCCCGCGAUACAUUAUGUACUGAGGUCGGAAACUUCACAGCUAACAGUACCUACGCCGGGAACAGAGCCCUCCUCUUCUCUAAGCUGUCCUCCAACAUCACCUCAAGCUACGGCUUAUUCAUCAACACCACAGUCGGCCGCGGCGCGGACAAAAUCUAUGGAAUUGCCCUUUGCAGGGCGGAUUCAACCUCUCAAGCUUGCACCAAAUGCGUCAAUACUGGAACUAAAAAACUCGCAGAUGUUUGCCCAAAUAAAAUGGAAGCCAUCGUUUGGGCAAGUGACGGCCCCGUUCCGUGUAUCGUCCGGUACUCAAACCGUUCAUUUUUCGGGGAAUUGGAGUUUUCUCCUAACACCGUAUUUCUUAGAAGGGAUGAGUUCGAAGCGGAUGAAGCUGAAUUGGUUAAGAAGAUUUGGGAUCCUCACGUAUCGAGCUUAAUAGGGAAUGCUUCUCGGGGGACGAAGAUCAAGUAUGCCUCCGGCCAAACGAAUUUACAGAGCUUUGAGACAAUAUACGCGAUUACGCAGUGCACUCCAGAUCUGUCUCACUCUCAUUGUGACUCUUGUUUGACGAGAAUUGUGAGUGACUUUCAGAGCUGUUGCGGUAAAUACAAAGGAGGAGCUUCCUACAAUCCGAAUUGUAUGUUUCGUUGGGAGCUGUAUCCCUUCUAUGACCUUUCCUUUACUGUUACUGCUCCGGCGGCCCUGCUUUCUCCUCCUGCUGCCAAUACAACGAAUUUCAGUAAUGGGAAGAGCAGAUUUCGGGCUGUUUUGUAUACUAUGGUGCCAAUUGCAUUUGCGUUGUUAUUGGUGCUUGUUGCUUUCGUCAUUUUCAAGCAGAGGAAGCAAAAUUCUGGUGAAUUGGUUUCAGAGGAAAACGAGUAUAAUGGUGGGGGAGAGUGUCGGCAAUUCAACCUUGCCACCAUUAGAGCGGCGACUAACAACUUCUCCGAUCACUACAAGCGUGGUCAAGGUGGGUUCGGCCCUGUUUAUAAGGGCGUGCUCUCAAAUGGGGAGGUCAUAGCAGUGAAGAGAUUGUCCAAAAAUUCAAACCAGGGAGAACUUGAAUUUAAGAAUGAGGUGGUUUGUGUCGCAAGACUACAACAUCGAAACCUGGUCAGGCUUCUAGGCUUUUGCCUGGAAGGAAGAGAAAGGCUUCUCAUUUAUGAGUUCCUUCCCAACUCAAGUCUUGACCAUGUGAUAUUUGAUGCAAACAAGCGCAUCAGGUUCGGUUGGGAAACUCGUCAUAACAUAAUUGUGGGAAUAGCAAGGGGACUUAUUUAUCUUCAUGAAGAUUCUCAACUUCGAAUCGUCCAUCGUGAUCUCAAAGCCAGUAAUAUUCUUUUGGAUGACAAUAUGAACCCUAAAAUAUCAGAUUUUGGAAUGGCAAGGUUAUUGGAAUCAGACGAUCAAACAAGAGACGUCACUCACCGGAUCGUCGGCACCUAUGGGUAUAUGGCUCCGGAAUAUGUUAUGCACGGUCAAUUCUCAAGUAAAUCUGAUGUUUAUAGCUUCGGCGUGUUAUUGCUUGAAAUAAUCACUGGUGAAAAGAUUAAGAGCUUUCGUGGAGGGAAAGAUGAUCAAAGUCUUGUUGACUAUGCAUGGAACAUGUGGAAUAAAGGGACACCGUUGGAUCUUAUUGAUUCGACUAUGCCAUCGUUUAGUACCUUCACAAGCGAUAUCAUAAGUUGUAUUCAUAUUGCUUUACUAUGUGUGCAAGAAAAUGUGGAAAGUAGACCAACCAUGGCUUCAGUGGUUCUAAUGCUUAGUAGCAGAUCGGUUAUUAUGUCAAGACCGUCAAGACCCGCAUACAUUUUUCACUCCAUGACGCAACAACAUACAUCAUCAUCGUCAUCAUCGUCAAGUGCCCACAAUAACUCACACUCUACCUCAAGUAGAAGUAGUAACCAUGUUGAAAGAAGUUCUCGGAAUGAAGUUUCUAUAUCAGAGCUUGAACCUCGAUAACCCUACACAUCUCUCAUUUUGUAUAAUUUAAAUAGAAAAAAGAUUAAAGGUUCUUAAAGACGUGAAAAAUGAUAAUGUAAUCAUGUCGACUUUAA